AUGGGUACGACUCGAGUCACCAACUGGUCAUACGGUGUCGAUUUCGACGACGGCAUCACGGUUCUUCAAUGGAACAAGAAGACUGAAGGCACCUGCAAAGUCAAGCCUAUCGUGGAAUCGCCCCCCACGAUUAUCCAGGAUAAGUCCACUGCUCAAUCUCAAUGGCGUCUAGAGGCCAAGUGUGUCGAGAUCAAAGAACCAGAAUUCGACUCCAAGUCGAAUGGCGACAAUGCGCCGGGCAUCGAAAACGCAAAGACAUUUGCAUUGGCAAGUCUGAACAAGGAGAUCGAAGUUGUCAAGAUCGGCGGUCUCACGAAGAGCAAUUUCAACAAGAAGUCGCUCGGCGAUGAAGAGCUCCGUCAACAGAUGAUCAGACUUGCGGCGGGGAAAGCUCGAGGGUCUCCCGCGAUGGACGCCGGCGUAAUGGUCAUCGAUAAAGACGGAGAUGUGACUGUCGAAGUGAUUGAGUAUGACGAUCAGAUUAGAGAUGGCAAUGGCAACAGACCUGUCACGCGAAACCUACAAUUUCGAGUUUGUCGGGAGGUCUUGACCAAAAAUUCGUCAACCUUCGCGGCAAUGUUUCGCCCUUCUCACUGGACAGAAGCCCAGACGGAUUUGGUCAAGCUCGAAGAGGACAGUGUCGCAGGUAUGGCUAUUUGGUUCCGGAUCCUACACGACACUGACUUGGUUUACGAUGUACCGUUGGAAGAAAUGUGGCGUCUUGUAACAGCUUGCGAUAAGUAUCACUUAAAUCUCAGCAUGCUGAAACCCUGGUUCGCGGACUGGUAUCAGAAGCAAAACAUCGAUCAGUACUACAACAAUUGGACCAUCAAAGGCAGGCACAAUACUGAUCUCCUGGACCCACGUUCCUUGCUCUAUCCAUGCUGGAUUUUCGAUCAUGCGGAAGGCUUUAUGAGAGCGACGCACUUCUUGAGCUACAAUUCCGUUGGCCAUAUUACCGAACACAAUCCCACAAUCCACCGCGAUCUGCGGGUUGAAAGCCGUGUAAUCCCGUAUAAAAACAGCUCAACGCCGCGAAAGGACGGCUUCGAACAGUCCUUCACAACGAGCUUUUCCGUCCAAAUGAAAGACUGCUCGAGGCACGCUGCAAGUGCAAAGAGAUGA